UUUUCCAGAAAUUACGCACAAUUUGAGAUAAAGGGAUUAUUUAAAGCAAAAAUUAGUUAUAAUCGACCUUAAAAUGAUCGUUUCGCGUUUGGCAAAUUCUUUGAACGCCGCGAGGCAACAAUUUACACGUCAUGCAGUGCGCAACAAUCAAGCAUUAGUACGUCGCCACAUGUCGGGCGAAUAUUACCGAAGUGGGGCCAUCAAACCCAAGCCUGAAGAGAUGCCCUUCGGUCUGGUGGCCAUUUUCUGUGCAGUUAUCCCUGGACUCUUUGUGGGCGCUACUAUCAGCAAAAAUGUGGCAAACUUUUUGGAGGAAAACGAUUUGUUUGUGCCCUCAGACGACGACGAUGAUGAGGACUAAAUGUGGAGGACGGGCCUAAUCUGUUGACUAUGACUCCUUAAGUCAGGAAAACUUUUAAAAUCUCUCUGAUACUUAUUUAUUUUGAUGCAUUGUAAAUCACGACACUCUCCUAUUUAAAAUACUCUUGCAUUGCCUCUUUGUUUAACCUCCUUGGUAUUGCAGGGAGAGUAUUUAAAUUUAUUAUUUUGAUGGGAGACUUACGUUAUCACGAUAUCCUUCAGUAUCGUGGAAUUAUUUGGCUGCCCACUUAUAUUUGCUAAUAAAAAGGACUUAUUUAUUAUGUAAGCUUACACAAUAUUAUAAAAUA